AGCAUGCGCAAUAAUUGCGGCCAAUUUCCUAUUCCUGCUGCAUCAGUCUUUCUGUGGGGCUCCAUUUUCUUUUUCAUUCUUUCUCCCUUUCUCUCUCAAAUUUGAUUAUAGGAGACAUGGCCGAGGGCGCUGACCAAGCUGAGCAACUCCCUCCAGAAGUCCCAGAGGGAGAAGAGGAUGAGACCACGCCAGGGUACAAGGCUCCUAAAAAGGUCGACUUACAAACUAUACAGCAGAUGGACGCUGACGACGAGUCCCUCGUCAAGUACAAGCAGCAGCUGCUGGGGCAGACAGCGGGUAUUUUAGACGAAGGUGGCUCAAAUGUGCUACUAAAGCAGAUGAUUAUUGCUCCAGAAGGCCGUGACGAAAUCACUUUAGAUCUCACUGGUGAUCUGUCUAAGUUUAAGAAGAACCCAGUAGUGAUAAAGGAGGGGACGCAGUAUCGGCUUAAAAUUGUCUUCCGUGUUCAGAGGGAGAUUGUCUCAGGUCUCCGCUACAAUCAUGGAGCCUUUAGGAAAGGAAUAAAAGUUGACAAGUCCAACCUAAUGGUUGGGAGCUAUGGUCCUAAGACAGAAGCACAUGUCUUUACUACACCUGUAGAAGACGCACCCAGUGGUAUGCUUGCUAGGGGGGACUACACCAUCAAGAGCAAGUUCACCGACGAUGACAAGAACCCCAUCCUUGAGUGGGAGUGGGUUUUAAAGAUCGCCAAGGAUUGGGAGAAAUGAGAAUAGUCUGUCUUUAUGUGGCCAUUUUGUUUCUUUUUGACUAAGAAUGAUUGUAGCGAUUUAUAAUUAUUGUAGAUACGUUUUGUUGUGUAGAAGUUAAUUAUUAUUGUUGUUUUUGUUCUUUUUGUUUUGCCAUUUUUCAGUUGUGGCCUUUUCAAUUUGUAAUAAUUUAUUAAAAAUACA